UUCAACCAUACAUUUUCCUAUGUUUAUUCCUCCCAUUUGAUAUUAAUUGUUCCUAAGGAACCAACCAACCCCUUCUUCUUUUUGCAUUAAUAAUAUUAAUAUUCCUACCAAGAGAGAACUGGAACUCAUUUGACACUCAGUAAAUACAAAGAAGAAAUAAAGAGAGGAAAACAAGAUAACUUGACACUUAUCAUGUCAGAAGGGGAAUCUCAUAUUCUUCUUCCCAUUGCAUUACUUAAUUUCUUCAUUCUCAUAACAGGUAAGCUUGUUUGUGGAGAUUCACUGGAGACUGACAAGCAAUUACUUCUGAAUUUGAAGUCAUUUCUUGAGGAUCAAAAUCCUAUUGACAGAGGAUUUAAAUACACCCAAUGGAAUCCUACAGAUUUGUCACCUUGCAAAUGGCCUGGUAUUUCAUGCAAUACUACCAGUAAUCGUGUCACUGGAAUCGAUCUCUCGGACAACAGCCUGGCCGGGAAAUUGUUUGAUAAUUUCUCAUCCAUGACAGAAUUGGCCUCACUUGACCUGUCCAAGAACACAUUUUCAGGAUCCGUUCCAACAGACUUAGGCCGGUGUCAAAAUCUGAAAUUCUUGAACUUGUCACACAAUAUUAUUGAUGGUGAGUUCAACUGGACUGGUUUAAACAAGCUGGAAGUUCUUGAUUUGACGAUGAACAGGAUUCGACGGUUAACAAUCCCUGAGAUUUGUGACAACUUAGUCGUUGCAAAUAUUUCUAGUAAUAAUUUCACUGGUGAGAUUGGAAAAGUAUUUGAUCAGUGUUGGAAUCUGAAGUAUCUUGAUCUGAGCUGCAAUGAAUUGACAGGGAAUUUGUCACUCAGGUUUGAUAAGCUGAACAUGUUUUCAGCAUCUCAUAAUCAAUUCAGGGUUUUUUUACCUUCCUGGAUUUUCACCCAACAUUGCUCUUUGCUAGUUUUGGAUUUAUCACAAAAUCUAUUAUUUGGAGAAUUGCCAACAUCCAUUUCUAAUUGUAAAGGAUUACUAAAGUUGAAUUUGUGGGGCAACAGUUUUUCAGGGUCAAUCCCUAGAGAGAUUGGAUCAGUACUGAGUCUUAAAGAACUUUCCUUAGGAAGCAAUAACUUUUCAAGAGAUAUUCCAGAUACACUAUCAGGCCUAAGCAAAAUGGUCUUUUUGGACCUAAGUAAAAACAACUUUGGAGGAGAAAUACAAGAAAUUUUUGGGCAAUUGACACAGGUGAGAUUUCUCAUGUUGCAUGGAAACUCUUAUAUUGGAGGCAUAGUGUCAUCAGGUAUUCCGAACUUGGUGAACCUUUCGCGGUUGGACUUAAGUGAUAACCAGUUCUCUGGUCCAUUACCAGUUGAAAUUUCUCAGAUGAAAGGUUUGGAGUUUUUGAUUCUUGCUUACAACCAAUUUAGAGGCAAUAUACCUUCAGAAUAUGGAGAUCUUCUUAAACUUCAGGCUCUUGAUCUAUCCUCUAAUAGGUUAACAGGUUUAAUACCACCAAGUUUUGGUAAGCUAAGGUCAUUAUUGUGGUUAAUGCUCGCAAACAAUUUACUGAACGGUGAAAUCCCACCAGAGUUAGGGAACUGCAGCAGCUUGUUAUGGUUGAAUCUCGCGAAUAAUCAACUUUCUGGUUCAAUUCCUUCUCAAUUAGCAAGUAUUGGUGCAAAUCCAAUGCCUACUUUUUUAUUGAAUAGGGAAAAGGAUGAGGUAAGUGCUGGCUCGGGGGACUGCUUUGCGAUGAGGAGGUGGAUACCAGCUGACUACCCUCCAUUUAGCUUUAUAUAUCCUCUAUUGACAGGGAAGAAUUGUAGAAGCCUAGGGGGUAACUUGUUUAAAGGGUAUGUUUUAGUUCCAGUCUGUGAAUUUGGUAGUAAUGUCCGAAAAUAUCAGGUACCGGGCUAUAUUCAACUUAGUGAAAACAAAUUGUCUGGUGAGAUCCCUCCUGAGAUUGGCAAGAUGAAGAACAUAAUUAUGCUGCAUUUGGGUGCUAAUGAGUUUUCCGGUAGGCUCCCUUUGGAGAUUGCACAAGUGCAACCAGUAGUCCUUAAUGUUUCAAAGAACAAAUUUUCUGGUGAAAUCCCAAAGCAGAUUGGCUAUAUUAAGUGCUUGCUAAAUCUUGACCUAUCAUUUAACAAUUUUUCUGGUCCAUUCCCAGCUAGCUUUGGUAACUUGCAUGAUCUGAGCAAAUUCAACAUCUCUUACAAUCCAUACAUGUAUGGAUCUGUACCAGAAACCGGGCAAAUGCUUACGUUUGAGAAGUCGUCAUUUCUUGGUAAUCCGUUGUUGCAUCUUCCGUCCUUCUUGCACAACUCUACGGACAAUACUAAAGGAAAACUGAAUGAAAAUCACAAAAGGCAGCCCACAAAGGUGGGUGCGCUUUUGGUAAUUUUGAUUCUGGUAGUAGCUUUUCUAGUCUGUGGAGUCAUGUCACUACUCGUCUGCCUUGUUAUAAAAUGCCCUAGAUAUACGCCAGGAAACUUAUUGGAGGAUACACAGGGCCGGACUGAUUUUCCAUUAAGUUCAGGUGUCUCCUCUUCGCGGAUGUCUGAUGAUGUUAAGGUUAUCCGUUUGGACAGAACAAGCUUCACACAUUCCGACAUAUUGAAGGCCACAUGGAACUUCUCGAACGAUAGAAUUAUUGGGAGGGGAGGAUUUGGAAUAGUUUAUAGUGGAGUCUUGCCUGAUGGAAGGGAAGUAGCAGUGAAGAAGCUACAGAGGGAAGGAAUUGAGGGAGAAAAAGAGUUCAGAGCUGAAAUGGAAGUGCUCAGUAGAAAUGGCUCAGGUUGGCCUCAUCCGAACCUUGUAACUCUUUACGGGUGGUGCCUUGAUGGAUCAGAGAAACUGCUAGUCUAUGAAUACAUGGAAGGUGGAACAUUAGACGAUGUCAUAACAGAUAGAACAAGGUUUACAUGGAAGAAAAGAAUACAAGCAGCAAUCGAUGUGGCACGUGCUUUAGUCUACUUACACCACGAGUGCUACCCUUGCAUUGUUCACAGAGAUGUCAAGGGUAGUAAUGUGCUCCUUGACAAGGAUGGAAGGGCAAAAGUCACAGAUUUUGGCCUAGCUAGAGUCAUGAAUUCUGAACAUACUCAUGUUAGCACAACGGUGGCAGGGACUAUUGGUUAUGUCGCACCAGAAUAUGGGCAGACAAUGCAGGCCACUACAAAAGGAGAUGUAUACAGCUAUGGGGUUCUAGCUAUGGAGCUAGCAACAGGGAGGCAUGCUAUAGACGGAGGCGAAGAAUGUCUAGUUGAAUGGGCAACAAGGAUCAUGGGAUACGGAAAGAAAGGGUUCACUAGAGCCAUGAUCCCGGUUGCUGUAUUAGUAUCUGGACUGAUAGAGGGAGCAGAAGAAAUGUGUGAAUUGCUUAGGAUUGGGAUAAGGUGCACGGCUGAGAAACCUUAUGAUCGGCCUAACAUGAAGGAAGUUUUGGAUAUGUUGAUUAGUAUUCCUAGCAGCCAUAGAGGAUCCACGCGUAGCUUUGGAUCCUGUCGUAGUUCUUCUCCAUUAUUAUGAUAGAUUUUGUUGCAACUCAGAUCCAAUACAGAUUUGUAACAUACAUUAGCAAAUUACUCUUGUAAAAACAGUUCUUGCACAUUCAUUGGUAUUCUAGGAAAAAGUUGCCAAUUUCGUUA